AUUUCUGUCUCCCGAUAGUAAUGAUAUGUAAUGGCACCGCAUCGCAUGCCGAUAUCGAGCACAUGCAGCAGUACCCACAGUUUAGGCAAAUAAAGCCUACCGCAUCAAGCCGCGAACUCUCUGUCCCCAUUCCUUGCUCCCACCACAAUGGUGUUCCAGCCUGCAACUGUUGAAGCGCCUCCGGUCUAUCGUUCAGAAAAGGAAGAGCAGCCUGAGGAUGCGUAUAUUCCUGAAAACCACCAUCUUCCUGAUGGCACUACGCCCAAUCUCGAGACAUACAUGUACUUCGCCAAGAUUCAACGUGAAAGGGAGAUCUUCUUUGCUAAGAAUGAAGCUCAAGGUCGUUUGGACCGCCUGAUCUCGAGAACAUUCGGGUUUUUCCAGGCAUCUGAUAACCGCUCCGUUGCAUCAUCUGAUGAGAAGAAUGGAACUGCUUCAGAGGAGGGCCGCGGCGCUCUAGUCACCGCAGGCGAGUUCCGUGCAGCUUCUGGAGCUCUUAGAACAGCCACGUGGGGGAGCGUGUUCUAUCUUAUUACGACCGACAUUUUGGGUCCUUACUCUACCCCGUGGGCAUUCCAACAAGUCGGAUAUGGUCCCGGUGUAGCCUGCUUCUUUGUCUUCGGUAUCAUGGCUGCAUACAGUGGCUUCCUCCUAUGGUGGAUGUUCUUGAAACUGGACUCGGAUAUAUAUCCCAUCAAGUCUUUCGGUGAAUUAGGGCAACGCAUCUAUGGUCGUUGGUUCCGGCAUCUUUGCAACAUCUUGCAAAGUCUGCAGCUCGUGUUCAAUGUCGGUAUUAUCAUUCUCAGUAACGGCCAAGGUCUUUCACAAAUGGCAAAAUUUCGUCUAUGCUUUAGCGUUUGUAACGUUGUUUGGACCAUAGCCGGAAUGGUGCUUGGCCAAAUUCGAACUCUUCAGAAGUUUGGUUCGGUCGCCAAUCUCGCUAUCUGGAUGAACAUAAUCACCUUGAUUAUGACGAUGGCCUCUGUGGCUAACUCAAGCCCUAACUAUGCCGCCUUUUUAACAAGCAACACCGGCCCUGUGAUGACUCAGGCAAUCAACCUACAGCCUUUCCAGUCCCAGCUCAAUGGUAUCAUGCAGAUUGUGUUCUCAUACGGUGGAGCCAUGAUCUUCAUUGAGUUCAUGGCUGAAAUGCGGCGCCCGAUGGAUUUCUGGAAAGCUAUGGCGUUUUCCCAGAUCUUCAUCUUCGUCGUAUACAUGUUCUUCGGCCUCUUCGUUUAUUCAUACCAAGGCCAAUACGUCGUUAACCCGGCCAACCAGGGAAUUUCCGCUUAUGGUUUACAGACUGCGACGAACGCCAUUUCUUUGACCGCUGGUCUCAUUGCUGCUGCUUUGUAUGGCAACAUCGGUGUCAAAGUCAUCUACAACAACAUCCUGGUGGAACUGUUCGGUUUCCCCCAGUUGACUGUGACUCGGGGUAAAUACUUCUUCGCCAUCUCAGUCUUAGUGUAUUGGUCCAUUGCCUUCGUUAUUGGCUCCGCCGUCCCGCUGUUCAGCUCCAUCUCGUCGCUGAUUGCCGCCGUUUGCAUCUUCCAGUUCACAUACACCUUCCCGCCAUUUAUGAUCUUGGGUUACUUCAUGCAAAUGGAUGCCACAAAAGGUGACAGAGAAUUUGACAUCAAUAACCCCGAUGCCCACCGUGUUGAUACCUGGAGGGAUUCAUCGCGUUGGAAACGUGCAUUCUUCAACAGGAAUGCCUUCUUUAAUGUGUGGAACUUCCUUCUCGCGCUCGCGUGCUUGUCCUGCGCUAUUCUGGGCGCGUACUCGGCCGUCCAGUCGAUCGUGACUGCGUUCCAAACCUCGGGUGCUGCGACAGCGUUUAGCUGUAGGUCGCCAUUGGAUAAAAGUGGUUAAGGCAUCUUCCUAUGAAGUUGGAUGCGUGUUUUUUUUGUUCAAUUGAAAGCUGUAGAUUGAGAUGUCUUCACGAUGCUGAACUUGGGUAUGAUAUCCUUAGUAGUCUGACACGCUCGCCUGUAACGUUAACCUAAUGUACCAAUGACAGGAUGAAUGAAACGUUUGUUAUGAUCACUAGACAAUUUGCAAUCG